CCCGUUUUCAAACGGAUAAUAUAGUUAAUUAGUAACACACAUGGCUUCAACUCCUCUCCUCUCACCACCAACCACCGCCACACGCGCCGCCGUCAGCCACCACUCGCUGCAACCGUCAUCAACUUCUCUCUUCCCCUGCUUCCCCACCAAGUCCAAUCCCCACCGUCGACUCACAAAGCUACACGUGUCCUCUCCCACCAACAAGUCCACCACCCCCACCCCACCAAACACCGCCCAAAAACCCGCCGGAGAAAGCAUCUUCUUCGACGGAGGAGCCCACUACGGAGACCUGGUGACGAAUCUGCUCCUGGGUUUCACCCUGGUGUGGCUUCCCCUGACAUUAGCGGCGGUUUCGAGGGCGUUGUACCUGAGGUACAGGUUCACGAACCUGAGGGUGACGGUGAUAUCGGGGCUCACGGGUCAGGACAGAAGCGACUUCUCGUACAACGUGAUAAAGGACGUUCAGGUGGUUCCACGCUUCAUUGGUGAGUGGGGUGAUGUUGUAAUCACCUUGAAGGAUGGCACCAAGGUCGACCUAAGGAGUGUGCCCAGGUUCAGAGAAAUCGCCAAGUAUUGUCUUGACAUGUCUCAGAAGCCUCUUGUUUCCAAAGAAAAUGGACCAAAAGGAUUCUGAGAUUUAUUUUUUCACAAUCUUCUUUUUCUCAUACAGAUCCAGAUAUCGAAGCCUCACUGCUCUAUGCGGCAGCGCUGCCUUCUUUGACCUCUCUAGUCAUUGAUGAUGUCAUCAAGAAGCCCGCAUACGGAGAAGCUAUCCCUCUACCAGAAACAAUGGCGUUAC